CAAUUUCCACGGUUCUACUUACCAACACGACACCAUGUCAACGGCCGACCUCCACGUGAUCGAGUACACGGCGCUCUCGGACGCCGAGCUCGCAUCCUUCAAGACCAAAGACGGCAAGGUCCACCUCUUCAACAACUUUGUGUGCCCGUUUGGCCACCGCGCGCUGUGGGCCGCGGCCGAAGUCAACGUGCCGUUCGAGAUCAUCAACAUUGACCUUGGCGACAUGCCGGCGAGCUACGUGGCCGAUUUUAACCGAUACCACACCGUGCCCUUCCUCCUCGACAAUGGCUACGCCGUGUACGAGUCGGCGAUCGUCGCGCAGUUCUUGGACGCCAAGUACAACAAUGGUGUGAUCCAUAACCGCGACUUUCCCGAGCACGCAGCGCUCGCCCAGCUGGCCCAAGCCAAGUUUGAGGCCGGCCCUUUCUACGCACUGCUUCGCAACAAGGACCCGGCCAAGAAGGCCGAGCUCGAGGCCAACUUGCGCGAUUCGCUGAGCGAAAUUGAGACCAUUUACCGCGACCACGCGGCCGACUUUCGGUCCAAGGGCCCGUACUUGCUCGGCGACAAGUUUAGCAGCGCCGAGCUCAACAUCGUCACGUUCCUCUUCCGCUUCAAGCACAUUCUGAAGCACUACCGCGACUUUGACAUCCUCGAAGGCGUCCCGCUCCUGUCGGCGGCGCUCGAGGCGUCGAGCCAGCGCCCGGCAUUCAAGAAGACGACCAAGGAACCCGAGUACUACAUCCAGGGCUAUGCCAAGUUUGCGAACGCGUAA